CCUAGGGCUGGCAGCCCGGCACUUGUGAAAAAAAUUCCACUCCAAGGACCCAGCCCUUUAGGAGGAGACAGAGAGAGACAGAUACAGCGUCAGCUGCUGCAGGAUGCAGGCUACAUGGGACUGCUUUGGUUCCUGUCCUUUCUGCAUUCGACCUUCUUUGGAGAUGAGACGCUGGAGGAGCUGAAGAUGUCUGGCUCCACAGCAUCAUAUGACCAGCUGGUGCGGCAGGUGGAGGCGCUGAAGAAGGAGAACACACAUCUGCGGAGAGAGCUGGAGGACAACUCCAGCCACCUCUCCAAGCUAGAGAAUGAGACCUCGGACAUGAAGGAAGUCCUGAAGCAUCUUCAGGGCAAACUGGAGCAAGAGGCCCGGGUCAUGGUGUCCUCCGGACAGACAGAGGUUCUGGACCAGCUGAAAGCUCUGCAGAUGGACAUCACCAGCCUCUACAACCUGAAGUUCCAGCCUCCCGCCCUGGCGCCCGAGCUCGCCUGCCCCGAGGGCAGCCCCGUGCACUCAGCCGCUCCCCAGAAGAAGGACAGCAUGGGGGAGCUGAGUCGAGCCACCAUCAGGCUGCUGGAGGAGCUGGACAGAGAGAGGUGUUUCCUGCUGAGCGAGAUUGAGAAGGAGGAGAAGGAGAAGCUCUGGUACUACACGCAGCUGCAGAGCCUCUCGACGCGCCUGGACGAGCUACCUCACGUGGAGACGUUCUCUAUGCAGAUGGAUCUGAUCCGGCAGCAGCUGGAGUUCGAGGCCCAGCACAUUCGCUCGCUCAUGGAGGAGCGCUUCGGGACGACCGAUGAGAUGGUGCAGAGGGCUCAGAUCCGAGCUUCCCGGCUAGAGCAGAUUGACAAGGAGCUGAUGGAGGCUCAGGACCAGGUGCAGAUGUCGGAGCCACAGCUGUGUGGGAAGCUGUCUGGCGUGGAAGGGGACGGGAGCCUGGACAUCCCAACGCAUCCUGAGGAGGGAGGGAGCCACCUCAGCAACAAUAAGGUGGAAGUGGUCUUCUGGCUCCUGUCCAUGCUGGCCACCCGGGACAAGGAUGACAUGUCCCGCACCCUGCUGGCCAUGUCCAGCUCACAGGAGAGCUGCCUGGCCAUGCGCAAGUCUGGCUGCCUCCCACUCCUCGUCCAGCUCCUGCACGACACGGACAGGGAGCCGGGAGGCCCCCAGAGCCCCGGCAGCGGCAAGGACUCCCGCAUGCGGGCCAACGCCGCCCUGCACAACAUCAUCUUCUCGCAGCCUGACGAGGGCCAGGCCAAGAAGGAGAUGCGGGUGCUGCACGUGCUGGAGCAGAUCCGCUCCUACUCAGAGACCUGCUGGGACUGGCUGCAGAUGCAGCUGCAGAGCAAAGAUGGGGGCAAAGGCCCCGAGGGCAGUGCCGUACCGGUGCCCAUCGAGCCACAGAUCUGCCAGGCCACCUGCGCCAUCAUGAAGCUCUCCUUCGACGAGGAGUACAGGCGGGCCAUGAACGAGCUCGGUGGUCUCCAGGCCGUGGCUGAGCUGCUGCAGGUGGAUUAUGAGAUGCACAAAAUGACCAGUGACCCUCUGAACCUGGCGCUGAGGAGAUACGCAGGCAUGGCACUGACCAACCUCACCUUCGGGGACGUGGUGAACAAGGCAACUCUGUCCUCCCGCCGGGGCUGCAUGCAGGCCAUUGUGGCCCAGCUGGCCUCCGAGAACGAGGAACUGCACCAGGUGGUCUCCAGCAUCCUGCGGAACCUCUCUUGGAGGGCAGACAUCAACAGCAAGAAAAUCUUGCGGGAGGUGGGCAGCGUGACUGGCCUGAUGCAGUGCGCCCUGCGUGCCACCAAGGAAUCCACCCUGAAGAGUGUCCUCAGCGCCCUGUGGAAUCUGUCCGCUCACAGCACCGAGAACAAAGCCGCCAUCUGCUUGGUGCAGGGUGCCCUGGGCUUCCUGGUGAGCACCCUCACCUACAAGUGCCAGAGCAACUCACUGGCCAUCAUCGAGAGUGGAGGAGGCAUCCUGAGAAACGUGUCCAGCCUGAUCGCCACCCGGGAGGAUUACAGGCAAGUGCUCCGGGACCACAACUGCCUGCAGACCCUGCUGCAGCACCUCAAAUCCCACAGCCUCACCAUCGUCAGCAAUGCCUGCGGGACCCUCUGGAACCUCUCCGCCCGGAGCCCCAAAGACCAGGAGCUGCUGUGGGACCUGGGGGCUGUCAGCAUGCUGCGCAACCUCAUCCACUCCAAGCACAAGAUGAUCGCCAUGGGCAGCGCCGCCGCCCUCCGGAACCUGCUCACCAACCGACCCCUCAAGUACAAGGACACCGCAGUCAUCUCCCCGGGCUCCUGCAUGCCUUCGCUCUAUGUGAGGAAGCAGAAGGCGCUGGAGGCCGAGCUGGAUGCUAAGCACCUGGCGGAGGCCUUCGACACCAAGAAGCCCCUGAGGCACAUGGACAGCCUGGCGAAGGACUACGCCUCCGACUCCGGCUGCUUCGACGACGACGAGGUGCCCAAUGUCUCAGCAGGGGCGGAGACAGGGAAUGCCUCCAUCCUCUCCAUGUUCCUCAACUCCUCCUUCCUCCAGGGCCAGGCCUUGCCCAGGGCCAUCGCCCAGAGGAGGGGCCCGGAGCCUGAGAAGGACGAGAGCAGCAAGCUGGCCGAGCCCAAGAAGCUGCCGUUGCCCGAGGAUGAGGUGUCGCUGGUGGCCGAGAAGCUAGCAAACAAGAUCUCCACCACGGUGGCCAAGAUCGACAAGCUGGUGGAGGACAUCUCCACCCUCCACACCUCCUCGGACGACAGCUUCAGCCUGAGCUCGGAGGACCACUGCCUUGACUGGCAGUACGGCUCUGAGGAGGUCCACGAGGCCCGGGCCCAGUCCUGCUCCCCGUGUCGCGCCUCGGAUGCCAGCAGCUUCGUGAAGCGGGAGAACCUGAGCCGGGCCCACACCCUCCUGAGGCUGAAGAAGGCCUACACCAGCUUGUCCAAUGACAGCCUGAACAGCGGCAGCACCAGUGACGGCUACUGCACCAAGGAGCACAUGAAGCCCUGCACCCGGGCCUCCUUCCUAGAUUGCAAGGAGGAGCUGCAGAGAUACCAGAAGCGGCCCAGCAGGCUGGAUCUGAAGAAAAUCCUCAUCCACAGGCCUGAGAGGAUGGAGCAGCCCGGGGUCAAGGUCAAAGAGUCAGGCGAGCCGGAUAAACUGGAACCGAGAGACACGCAUGACAGGGCUAAGAAAGCGGUGACGUUCCCGAGCCCCAAUGUCCCUGAGAAGGAGCCUGAGUGGAAGAAGGAUCCAGACAAUGAGCUUUCUCCCAACCCUCAGGUCCACACCAUCAAACUCUCCCCUUCUUACCAGCAUGUACCCCUGCUGGAGAAUCUGGCCAAGAGCAGCCCGGCCUCUGGCGCCGUGGGGAUCUCAGGUGCUAGUUACCACCCAACUCUCCCAGGCCGGAAGCAAGCCUGGCUCCCCAUGGGGUUUCUCCAGAUGGCCGAGAACUUGAGCAAGAUCCCAGAGAAGCUGGCUGCCCACACGCCGGCCCCAGUGGAGCAGGAGUCAGUCCAGACGUAUGCGGUGGAGGACACCCCCAUCUGUUUCUCCCGGUGCAGCUCCCUCUCUUCCCUCUCCUCCGCUGACAAUGUGCUGGACGGGCAGAGUCACAGUGAGAACGAGGUGGACAGCGACUCCUCCCUGGAGAUCAUCGAGGUGGAGGAGGGCGCCGAGGCCGAAGGUGACGUAGAGCAGGCCGAGGCCUGCGAUAGGAGACAGGAGAAGGUGAAGGCGGCAGAUCUAGGCCCGGCCGCGCCGGGAGGGAUCUCCCAACCCAUCGCCAUCCCCUUCCAGAAGCGAGACAAGAUCUUCCUGAGGGAAUCCUCCCCAUCCCAGCACGAGGACCUGACCCCGUCCAGCUCCUCGGAGAACUACAUUCAGGAGACCCCUCUGGUGAUGAGCCGGUGUAGCUCGGUCAGCUCCCUAGGCAGCUUUGAAAGCCCAUCCAUUGCCAGCUCCAUCCAGAGCGACCCCUGUAGUGAGAUGAUCAGUGGCACUAUCAGCCCGAGUGAGCUGCCGGACAGCCCUGGUCAGACCAUGCCCCCAAGCCGCAGCAAGACGCCCCUGUUCGAACUGGGAUCCCAGCCAGAGAAGGAGACCAGCCAGUUCAAUAUCCAGUGGGAAAACAAUGUCAAGAAGUUCAUGGAGAUCACGGAUUUCAAGGAGCGUUUCCAGCUGCCCCAAGACCUGGACUCCAUGAUCUACUUCACGGUGGAGAAACCCAACGAGAACUUCUCCUGCGCUUCCAGCUUAAGUGCCCUGCCCCUUCACGAGCACUACAUCCAAAAGGACGUGGAGUUGAAGCUUAUGCCGCCUUUCCCUGAGAGAAACAGCCUGAAUUUCGUGGCACAUGAGAAGCAGGAGGAUAGGCGGGAAGAGAGAUUCGGGGAGAGCAAGAGGAAGCUGGAGCGUCCAGAGCUCAACUCAGACGAUGAUAUCGAGAUCCUGAAGGAAUGCAUCAACUCGGCCAUGCCUUCCCGCUUCAGGAAGGUCAAAACCUCCCUUGUUUCCGGCCUCCCCAGCCAGGUCUUGAAUCCUCAGACCAAAAAGGCUCUGCACAUGCCGGUCUACAUGCUGGUGCCCACGCAUUCGCACCGGGGCGUCGCCAAACACCUGCAGCCUGCCGCCCGGGACCUCUUCAAGGAUGAUGACUCCUUCACUGACUCCGCAGAAGGCACCCCCAUCAACUUCUCCAGCGCCGCUUCCCUGAGUGACGAGACCCUCAAGUACCCACUGAAGGAGGAGGUUGACCACAAGCGCGGCCCUGGAAAGAGACUGGAGAAGAAGGAAGUGGCGGGGCCACCGGUGGGGUGCAAUAUGGAAGCACACCGUGAGCAAGGGAGUUUGAGCCCCACACCAGGCCGAAAAGCGGCUUCCAACUCCUCGACGCCCACCAAGAUGAGUACGGCCUACCAGCAGAAGGGCGGGUCGAGACAUGGCAGCCCUGUCCAGGCAGGCAGGGGCCAAGCAGCUGAGGUGAAGAGAGGGCUACCUCCCCUGAAGAAUGGACCCAACCUGGAGCCGGACUUUGGCAGGGUGGGGGUCCACCUGGAGGGCGUCCCCCCCAGGAAGGGUGCUCCUUGUGAGGACAGUGCCCCUGGGGGCAUGGCCUUUCAGUCCCUGUGCCAUACCACGCCGACCGAGGAGGCCGUCUACUGCUUCUAUGAGAACGACUCCGACGACCUGCUGGAGGUGCGGAGAGACUCGCCUAAGAGGAAGGCCAGCCCUGCCCAGGCUCAGAAGAAGGAACGCUGGAGCGGAACCACCCCUAAGAAGGAACCGGAGCAAAGCUCCAGGCAGCUACUGCAGGCCAAAACCAAGAUGUCCGCCAAACUCCACAACAACCUCAUCGUGGAUGAGACGCCGCCCUGCUAUUCCCUCAGCUCCUCCAUGAGCUCCCUGAGUGACAUCGACCUCUGUGACCACGAGGAGCGGACAACCCUGUACAAGGCCAACAGGCAGCUGACUCUCAGCCGGAUACAAGAGAGCGCGGCCUCUAGGGCCUUAGCCAGAGAGAGAGACAGCUCCCCGAGCUCCCUGAGCUUCACCUCGGAUGACGACCUGCUGCAGAAGUGCAUCGGCUCCACCUUGCCCAGGAGGAGGCGGCACUCCGCUCGGCGCAGGAAUGCUGAGCACAAGCAGAAGCUGAAAGGUGCCAACCCCAAGAGCGCCGCUGGCAAGGAGCGGAAGCCGGAGCCGAGGCACAACCCAGCGGAUGAGAUGAUGUCGGACAAAGGCUCCGACCUGGACAGCGUCGAGUGGAAGGCCAUCCAAGAAGGUGCCAACUCCAUCGUCACGUGGCUGCAUCAGGCUGCAGCAUCCCUCUCCAGGGAGCCUUCCUCGGAGUCUGACUCCAUCCUCUCCUUUGUGUCAGGGCUGUCUGUCGGCCCCACCCUGCAGCUGUCCCUGGACAGGAACGAUAAGAAGAAGCGGGAUAGGAAUGGGGUAAGCCGUGAGGUGGAGAAGAGAGACCAUGCAAUGGAGAGCAAGAAAGUGAUGGACUCCGGGGGCAGAAAUGCCAGGGUAGAGAAAAAUGUAAGCCAGCAGAAGCCAAUGUCGAACUUGCCAGUGGUUUUCCGAGGCAGGACAGUGAUAUACGUGCCCAGUGCGGUGAAGGACACCCCAAGCCCCAGGUCGACCCCACAGAAAACAGCCACAACUAAGCCCGAAGCCACCAUCCAAAACCUCACCCUGAGUCAGCAGAGGUCACAGAGUCUUCACAGGCUGGGGAAGGCCUCGGAGAUGGCCGACCUCACCUUGCCCAAGAGAAGCGCCACCCCUCCUGCCAGGAUCACCAAGCCCCCAUCCUCAGGCUCCUCCAGGACCUCCACCCCCUCCCAGCCCACCCAGAAGAAGUUAACGUCGCCCUCCCAGCUCAACAAGCAGCUGCCGUCUCAGGGGGUGAAGGUUACCAGGAGCUCCCCAACAGGCACUGCCCCCAAAGCGCCCCCCCCGAAAUCCCCAGCCACCAAGCAGCACAAGACCCAGAAAUCCCCUGUCCGCAUCCCCUUCAUGCAGAAGCCGAACAAGAAGAUGCUGCCAGCCAAGAGCUCCAUGCCGGUGCUGGAAGAGCACGUGGGCAGCCCUAAGCUGAAAGGCAGCAGGAAGGGCAUCCUGCAGCCCGCCCGGCUCAAUUUGGUGCGGAUGUCCUCGGCCAGGUCCAGCAGCAGUGAGUCGGACCGGUCCAGCUUCCUGAGGCAGCUCACCUUCAUCAAAGAGUCCUCUAGCCUCAUCAUGAGGCACCGCUCCGAGCUCUCCUCCUGCGAGUCCAUGUCCUCGCUGUCUCAGAGCGCUUCCCCCAAGAGAAGCAGGCCAGGCCUCCCAGCUGUAUUCCUGUGUUCCUCCAGGUGCGAAGAGCUCAAGGUGGCCAAGCCAGUGGUGACCAGCCAGAGGCCAGUCAUCUCAAGGACCCCGGCCAACAACAAAACUCCCAGUGAGAGGCCUCCUCGGAGGACCAGCUCUGAGAGCCCUUCCCGGCUGCCUGUGAAGACCAACACCCCUUCGCCUGAGCCCUUCAAGAGGUAUUCCUCCUCCCCCAACAUCAGCAUCAUCAAGAGGACCAGCAGCCCCUCCUCCGUCCUGUCCUCUUGCUCCGAGUCAUCAGCCAGGAGAAGGAAGAGCCAAGAGGCCUCCAAGCUGACCCCGAAUCCUGCAGCGGGGAACCCGGGGCAGCAGGACAAGCAGCGGAUGGCAAUGAUGAAGGGUACUUGGAGAAGGAUCCGCGACGAAGACAUUCCACACAUCCUCAAAAGCACCCUGCCUUCCUCAGCCCUGCCUCUGGUCAGCACCCUGGAGGAGGAGACCCCCAGUGCUCAGAUCCCCAUCCAGAGGAAAACCAGUGAUGCUGUGGUGCAAACUGAGGACUACCCCACCACCAAGACCAACUCCAGCACCUCUCCAACACUGGAGACCCGGGAGAUGCCCAAGAGCGAAACAGAGUGCCUGACAUUGACCAAGGGCACCAUGCCCAUCUUCAGCCAUGAAGGGCCGACUGGAUCUGUUGGGAGCUUCCCCUCCAGCAGGCACAGCUCUCCCAGUAGAUCUGCCCGGGUGACUCCCUUCAACUACGUUCCCAGCCCCAUGGUAGCACCAAUGAUCAACAAGAAAUCGCUUGAAAAAAUGCCAGCUUAAGCCGCUAUUGCAAAUGCAAAGAACACCUCAACUUUGAUGAUAGUGUAUUAAGAAACGAGCAAAGCCCCAGGCACUCACUACUGCACUGCCGUGAGGACAAAACUCUUGUUCAUAAAGAGACAGAAGCAGCAGCGUUUUUGUUUUCUCAAGCUUAAUAAACCAAGGAGGAACUUUUGCGUUGAUGUGACUGUUGGCCAGGAGGGUUGUGACAAUUUUCAUUGAGACACACACGAAACACCUGGAGAAAAGCAAGUAUUUAUUCCUUUAUUCUCUCUGCCCUUUCUUUUUUUUUAAUGGAGCUUUGGAAGUUUUACUGUCGGGCACUGGGAAAGAACCAGGUAACUGCCCACCCCAUCCCCCUGACAUCUGUGUUCUGCUGAUGGCUGUGCCAAUGUCUUCUCUGCGAUGUCUGAUCACUAUACACUCUAGUUUAAGGAAAGGGAUUUUUAUCCAUGGAGCCUAGAUGGCCACAGGUGUCCUGCACGAAGGGAUGGACUUUUGCAGUGAAGCCUAUGGGAUGUCUUGAUGGCCUCACAGUUCACAGUUGUUGAAGAACUUUGAAGCAGCGAUCAGCCAACUUCCCCGCUAGACACGCCAAUGCCAGGAGGGGCUGUAGGCCCAUUUUCUCCAUGCUUUCAUUGAAGCACACUUGGGAUUUUCGAUCCGAGGACAACCAACAGGGGUCGUUGAUUCACUGGGGUGUCUCUAAAUUCUCCCAGGAGGUCGAGAUUUCAAAGGGAACUGGGAUUGCUGCUCUUUCUGUUUUAAACAAACAAACAAACAAACAAACCCAACCACCAAGAAUGCUUCAAGCAAAAGCCUUAAUCUUAGGUCUCAGCUGCAUGCCUUGUCUCACAUGUUGGCACUAAUAUCCAUGUAUCCAAAUAAUCUCAGCUGAUUUACAGAAACACCUUCAGAAACCCACCCCUGGACCAAAAGCAGAGUGGGAGAGGGGUGGGGCGAGGGGAUCUGGGGAGGAUUCUACAAUGGGGAAUAGAAGAAGGGCAGAACCUCCCCAUUACGGAACCAGCCAUUUGUGCAGCACGAGGCCUGUAAUUAUGGUGACUGGUUAAUCUGCUAAUGACUAACUUGCUGGGAUUGUGUUUGCGUUGGGUGUCACCCAGUAUCUGGGGGGAGCAGAGCAGCACCUUAUUUUCACCAAGGGAGGAGGGUUGUUAUGGAAAUGCUUCUCGCAGCACAUGGGGGAACGCCAAGGACCUAAGGCGAGGAAAGGCCAUUUUUGUUUUUUUGGCGGGUGAGGGGACGGGUCUGGGCGGGAGAGGUGAUUUAUGCUGUUCAUCCUCUUUAUAAACUCAGCCCCACUAUGCAGGCUUUGCGCUAAAGCUGCGGCCAGAGGCGACUCCUAAUGAGCUUCAGGGCCUCCCUUUGGUUAGUCCAAUUUGUGCUUCAACACCUCCCAGACAAGGGGUGGGAGGGAGUCGCAGGCUGCAGUGGGACAUGAGGAAAGGAGCGAGGUCCGUAUCAAUGCCCCUUGACCGUGGCAUCUGAGGCAGAGUUGCUCAUUGGGUGCCUAAUUCCAUAGGCAUGGAGUGAAAAUCUCCCCUUAAAAAUUUUGUCCUGAUUCUUGUGGUUUGACAAGGUCAGUGGCAGGGGAGUGACUUCCUGAUUUGCAAGCGGGA